UAUACCAACGAUUUUUCCCACUUAUUUUUAAACCAUAAUUCCACUCCCUCUCUCACAUCCCACAUCGCAAUGGCUUCCUUAUUCUCUUCAUCCACUCUGUCCCUCAUUGCUUUUUGCCUCUCCGGUUUAAUCUUCUUCCUCACCAGAAAGCCCAAACCAAACCGUCUCAAACUCCCCCCCGGUCCGCCCGGUUGGCCCCUCGUCGGCAACCUAUUCCAAGUCGCCCGGUCCAGAAAACCCUUCUUCGAAUACAUCGAAGAUCAACGCCGAAUCUACGGCCCAAUUUUUACCCUUAAAAUGGGAACGAGAACAAUGGUUGUACUGAGCGAUUCGAACCUCGUUCACGAGGCUCUAAUUAAAAAGGGGGCAGUUUUUGCUGACCGGCCCAGAGAAAAUCCUACCCGGACAAUAUUCAGCAGCAACAAAUUUUCCGUCAAUGCGGCGGUUUACGGCCCUAUAUGGCGGUCCCUCCGCCGAAACAUGGUGGAGAAUAUGCUCAGUCCCGGCAAGGUAAAGCAGUUUCGUGGAGUGAGGGAAAAGGCAAUGGAAAAAUUCAUGAAACGGUUACGAGACGAAGCAGAGGCCAAUAACGGUGUCGUUUUGGUGUCGAAAAACGCGCGUUUUGCGGUGUUUUGUAUUCUGUUAACAAUGUGUUUCGGAAUCGAAAUGGAAGAAGAAGCGGUGGUGAAAAUGGACGAGAUUCUCAAAUCCGUAUUGAUCACUCUGGAGCCAAGAAUCGACGAUUAUCUCCCGAUUCUAACACCGUUUUUUUCGAAAGAAAAAAAUCGAGCGAAUUUCGUUCGAAAACAGCAAGUUAAAUUCGUCGUUGGGUUAAUUAAUCGGCGGCGGCGAGCGCUGGAAAAUCCGGCGUCCGAUGGCGCUGCGACGUCGUUUUCAUACCUCGACACGCUUUUCGAUUUGAAAUUCGAUUCCAACGGAGGCAGAGCAGCGGCGACGGAUGAGGAACUGGUGACACUCUGUUCGGAGUUUUUGAACGGCGGAACCGACACGACGGCGACGGCGAUAGAGUGGGGGAUGGCGGAAUUGAUAGAGAAUCCGGGAGUUCAGAGGAAGGUUCUAGAAGAAAUUAGAGCGACGGUUGGUGAAAAAAAAGUUGAAGAAAAUGAUUUAGAGAAAAUGGUUUAUUUACAAUCGGUAGUGAAAGAAGUGCUGCGGAAACAUCCUCCGACGUUCUUUACUCUGACGCACUCCGUGACGGCGCCGGCGAAACUGGGAGGAUACGACAUCCCAAAGGACACCAACGUCGAAUUCUUCUUACCGGCCAUCGGAAAGGAUCCGAAGCUGUGGAAGAAUCCGGAGAAGUUCGAACCGGAAAGAUUUUCCUCCGGCGAGGAAGAAGCCGAUAUAACCGGCGUCACUGGCGUCAGAAUGAUGCCGUUCGGCGUCGGGCGGCGGAUCUGCCCGGGGUUGGGAAUGGGCACCGUCCACAUUCACUUAAUGCUUGCUAGAAUGCUUCAGGAGUUUGAAUGGACCGCCUAUCCGGCGGCGAACUCCGUCGACUUUUCAUGGAAGAUGGAGUUCACCGUCGUCAUGAAGAAUCCUCUUCGGGCUACCAUUAAACCAAGGGUUUAAACUCAAACCGGGCUUCCUCGUAAAUCUCUCUAUAAGAAAAAAUUAUCUUAUUUUAAAAAAAAUAUUUAU